AUGGCACCAAGUCCUCCUCGACUCCGAAUCCUGUCCGUAGGGGGAAACCAGAUCUCGGCGUUCCUCUCAUGGAGGCUCCAAGCUACCAAUGCUUGCGAUGUGACGUUGGUCUGGAAAUCUGGAUACGAAGCCGUCGCCCAAUACGGAAUAUCCUUCAAAUCUAAGCUCUUUGGCAAUGAAAGAUUCAAACCACGCCAUGUCGUCAGAAGUCCGGAAGAUGCAGCGGGCAAGAAAGCAGCCUUCGAUUAUGUUCUCCUUUGUGUCAAAGCACUACCCGAUGUCUACGAUCUCGCUGCGGUCAUCGAGUCUGUCGUUACUCCUCAGCACACCUGCAUCCUCGUCAAUACUACGAACACCCUAGGAGUCGAGUCCCAUCUGGAACAGAGAUUUCCCACGAACGUGGUGCUGUCAUUGGUAUCAGGAGCUGAAAUCACACAGCUUGGAGCAAGCGAGUUUGAGCAUAUUGGGGCCACGGAUGUAUGGGUUGGCCCGGCGAAUAAGAACGACGCCAUACCAGCCGCCAUUCAAAACGAUAUGGCUGAAGCUUUAGCUAUGACUUUGAGCACCGGCCAGGUCGACUGCAAGGUCUCUCAAAACAUCAGACAACAGCAGUACGAGCGUAUGAUAGGGCCAAUUGCGUUCCACCCGCCCAGUGUUCUUUUCGAAGUCCCCUCCCAUGCAGAGCUGCUAGAAAAGGUUGGCGUUCGGCCAAUGGUAGCAGAUGUGAUAGAUGAGCUUCUGCAGAUCGCAACAUCUCAGGGCUGUCAGUUCGACGCCGACUUCCGGGAGAUCACAAUGCGGAGAAUGUCAGAGCCCUCAGACACCAACAGCAUCAUGUAUCAAGACUUCAUGGCGAAGAGGCCUAUGGAAGUGGAGACCUAUCUUGGAUCCCCUAUCAAGCUUGCUCAAGAGACGGGCGUCCGAGUACCACGCAUUGAGACUUUAUAUGCGCUACUACACCACUGUAACAUCGUCAAUCAGCAACGGCCCGCUGUCCCGCCGCCGUCAGCAAAUCCACCCCCCGGUGCUGCUCCGCCUCCUCGACUAUCCUCUGCUCCUCCUCGACCGCCGAUGAACGGCAACAUGAGUGGUCCCAUGAGUGGUCCUACGAAUGGCAACGGCAUGCGUGGAGGAAGAACACCUUCAAUGGGACCUGCGAUGAGGCGAGGACCGGGACCGCCCAUGAUGAAUGGAUACCCGUCACGUCAGUCCAACGGCUACAACCCUCGAGGACCGCCACCCAAUCAGUUGUCUCGGCGACCAUCUUUCGAAGGCGAUGACUUGGGAGAAUUCAGUCAUUUAGUUCUAUAUGACGAUAUACCGGAAGGAGGCGUGGCUCCUGGUUAUGUCGGUGAUAUGAGCAAUGGCACAUCAAGUUCUUCGGAACUGGCAAUACGGGAGCGAGAGCUCAACCUACGGCAAAGAGAGUUGCAACUGAGGGAGCAAGAAUACAGCAUACGAAAAGGAUCCAGGAGGCCACCACCUUCUCAUAGAGGCGGCUUCGAUGACGAUGAUGAUGACGAUGACGAUUUCUUCGACCCGAUGGCGAUGCGUGCGCCGCCGCCCAAUAUUGAUCCUGAUAAUGUGGACAUGAUGAGUGUCACUUCUCGCAGGACGCGGAAGGCGCCGAGUCUUAGUCAAAUCCGCCAAAACCCUGAAGGGUCCAUGGGACGAAAUGCUGGCAUGCGCCAAAGUCACAGCUUCGGACCUAGGCCAGGGAUGAAUAGAAAUCGCGCUUCGGCGCAGCUGAUGGCGAGCAUGCCAACGAUGCACGACAAUCCUUCAGACAAUCCAUUGAUGGGCUACUCUUCAAAUCGAUAUGCCAACGUCGACCGGAAAACAAUGGGGGAGGAAUCGAGGACAAACUCUCUAACAGCUGCUCGGUUGAACGAGUUACAAGGGGCAGGCAAUAAUGCUGGCAUGAAUGGCGCUUAUCCAAGCCCGAGCCCAGGAAUGCCUCGGCGGACAAGCCAUUCUCCUGGAAAUGCGUUGAAUGGGAGGAAUAUGGGAAGACGGUCCCCGCCAGAAGAUGGAUAUAUGGCACCAGGUUCGAUGCAUCCUAAUGGGGGGCCUUCGCCUCCUGGCAUGAUGCGUCAACCUGUGCCUAGAUAUCCUCCCGGGCAAGGGAAUGCUGUGGCACCGCAACAAGUCGAGCAACGCGCUGGGCGCGGGGAGUGGCGAUAG